AUGCAUGUCAUUGUAGGUUUAAAGGCCUCACUGGAGAGACUACAGUUAGAGUAUGUGGACGUGGUGUUUGCAAACAGACCGGACCCCAACACUCCCAUGGAAGGUAAGGAGGAACAUCUUGGUCCGCUUCUGUCACUGGCUUCUGGUGUCUGCCUCUUCUCUGUUCCCCUGCUUUCUCUUCUCCUGCUGUGUUAUCUCCAUCCCAUAAGGUUGCUGUAGAUUGUCUGAGCGUUCUCUGACAUGCCUAUGUCCACCCUAACUCACUGGGCUAUAUGGUUCUAUAUAGUGCAUGAAUCUUUGUACUCAUCUCACCCCAUUCUUCCUCACUGGCAGCAGUCUAACACCAUUGGUAGCGUUAAAUAAGAGUGAAUAGCGUUUUCUCUCUUGGUUGCUCACAGGCUCAAACAUGGCCAUCAGACAAACUGUAAAUGACUAGCUUGUCUGACUUGCUCAACUUUGGGUCAUAUCAGAACAGUUAGCUACAUAGCAUUGGUCUCUCCGCUCAUUGUAGUGUGUGUAUGUUAUUUUUUUUGAUUGGCAGAGACGGUGCGGGCGAUGACCCACGUGAUCAACCAGGGCAUGGCCAUGUACUGGGGCACGUCCCGCUGGAGCCCCAUGGAGAUCAUGGUGAGACAAGGGGUGAAAGUAAGCCAGUACAGAGUACCGGCAAAAUAAAGAAACAGCCUAUCACAAUAAUUAAAACAAAGAUGGCAAGAAAACUAUAAUUUAUCAUUACCGCCUGUCAGCCGCAUGAGAAAUUAGCGAAUGGACUUGAAAACGGGUGUAUACACUCUAGAAUGUGGUGUGGUUCAGGCUGCUACAGUGUGCCUAAUGACAAUCGCCGAAUGUCAUUACACUUUUCAGUGUUUUAAUAGAUGUCUCUUUCAAUUCGUCAAAUGGCGGGUGCACUGUGCACUGUUUUAGAUGCUGGAAGUAUUUUAGUGGACGAACCUGCGCAGGUAGCCUACUUUUUAAAGUGAUUUGUUUGACAAUCAGAUGAAAACAUCAUGCCUGGUUGUGUUCAUGCUACAUUAAAAGGUAAUAAAUACAUUUGUACAGUUAAAUGACAUGUCUUUACUAUUAGGCCCAUACAUGUUUUUAGUGUAUGCGUACAUAGGAGGUCCCGUACUGGGAAGAAAUUCAAUCUACUUUCACCCCUGGGUGACACACACACAGCCUCCUCUCCUUCCAGUCAUCAUUCUGCCCAGACCCAGUCUCACCACUGGCAAUGACAUGACACCACUAUAACAUCCUCUCACUGACUGGGCUAGACUGUGACAUAUUUUUACCAUGACUUUCACAAUAUUGAUUGAUGGGCAUCACAACCUUUUUCUGUUCAUGCUUUGAUUAGCCGUUGGCCACUGUACAGUACUCUUCAGGCUAACGGCUGCUGUUCCCUGUGUGUCCUGUAGGAGGCAUACUCUGUGGCGCGACAGUUCAACCAGAUCCCUCCUAUCUGUGAGCAGGCUGAGUACCACAUGUUCCAGAGAGAGAAGGUAGAGGUGCAGCUGCCAGAGCUCUUCCAUAAGAUAGGUGAGUGGAGGUGGUCUGGACAGACUGAUAGGACACAACAGUAUUUCAUACACAAGGAUAGCUAUUCAAUUAUUAUUAUUAUGGUUCUAAUAUGUAAUUCUAUGAUUGCAUAGAUAUAAGUAUGCUGCAGCUUACAAAGGUUUCUGUGGCAAUGUUAUGCUUUUAAAUACAGUAAAUACUUAGCCUUACAAAAAAGAGGGGAGAGGGUAGCAACACCCAGGGAUGGAUGCUCUCCUCGUCCCUCUUUUUGGAAAGCGCAGUCUAGACAGAACAACAUGUCUAUACUGAGUGGUGGUGGUGAUGGUGACAGUGCUGACCCCAUGUUCCCAUGUUCUCAGGUGUGGGGGCGAUGACAUGGUCACCGCUGGCCUGUGGGAUCAUUUCAGGGAAAUACGACAGCGGGGUCCCACCUUACUCCCGCGCCUCUCUUAAGGUAGCAUUACCCCCCCUCUCCUGUGACCCUGUUCACCUCUCUGGUUUCUCCUUUGGUCUCAGCUCAUGUGUCAUGUCAGCCCCUCUUCUCCUCAGCCCUCUUCUUAUCCUGGCUGGUUCCUGUCUUAACAGAUAUGAUCUGUGUCUUUCAGGUUCUAGAACUUGGUGUCUCCUAGAUGUUUGUUUUUGAGUGCCCUGUAACAGCAUGCACUGUGUACCAACUUUGUGUACCAACUCUGUGUACCAAUUCGACCACCAGCAGUUAUUUGACACGACGUGUCAGGUUGUGUCAACUCAAGCAGCUUAUCUCACAUUUUCACACACACAGAGGCACACACAUGCACACACUCACACGCACAUACACAUAUAUUCAUCAGAUGACAGCAACAUACACGUACUGCAUCACAAAUUCAGAAACUAGGGCAUACUCUCUCCCUGUGUUGUCACAGUGGCAUACAGGAUUGCUGUAGGUGGUCUGGGCGUUCUCUGUGGUCUUAACCAAUGUUCCCUCUAAUUUGUUUCGGCACUGCGAAAAAUGUCAGGUCUGCUGAGCGCAAACUUGAACGUUGUGAAAAUUCUGUGCAACUUCCAGGGCGUUUACUGUAGGCUACUGUGGCUAUUUGAUCAUAAUGUAGGCCUACCAGAGUGGCCUACCAUCAAAAACAAUGGAAAAAAUACAUCUAUAACAUUUUAACAGGGAAAUAGUUGUUCUAUCAUUCAGCCUACAGUAGCAGCCAAUGUGUGGUGUUCAAUGUAGGCCUGCCUACAUUCCAUAAGACUUGAAAAAAACAUGCAGGGUUUGACAUUAACCUGUUUAUCCACUUGUCCUUCAGACAAGGAGGUGACUGAAAAUGUUGUUGUGUUUGAUUGCAGAAACCACUCUACAAAAUGAAACGCAUUAUUAUUCCCAUACCAUUAUUACAGAGAAUCAGACAAAUUAUGCUACCCUCUGCCUAUUGGUUACUUAGCUUAUUCAAGCCUGUCUAAAAAUACAACACUGCCCCUUUAAGACAAAAAAUAGCUCUUUACCUGACUUGUUUUUCAAAGCACGUUUUGUCCUCUUGUAGGAAGCAAUCACUCCCAUAUUGCUGACUACAACUGGGCUAAUAACUCACUAACUAGCAAAGGAUAUGAACAAAAUGUGCACAUGUGGCUACAUGCAGCUCUCAAAACAAGCACAUCUAUUCACGACCACAGCUGUAAACACAGUCCAGUUCAAAGUAAAUGGCACAGAUCCAUAUAUGGCAAUGGUCUAUUUGCAUAUACAGUGCAUUCGGAAAGUAUUCAGACCCCUUGACCUUUUCCACAUUUUGUUACGUUACAGUCUUAUUCUAAAAUUGAUUAAAUAAAAAUAUGUCCUCAUCAAUCUACACACAAUACCCCAUAAUGACAAAGUGAAAACAGGUUUUUAGAAAUGUUAGCAAAUUUAUAUAAACAAUAAAACUAAACAAAAAACAUAUUUACAUAAGUAUUCAGACCCUUUGCUAUGCGACUCGAAAUUGCGCUCAGGUGCAUCCUGUUUUCAUUGAUCAUCCUUGAGAUGUUUCUACAACUUGAUUGGAGUCCACCUGUGGUAAAUUCAAUUGAUUGGACAUCAUUUGGAAAGGCACACACCUGUCUAUAUAAGGUCCCACAGUUGACAGUGCAUGUCAGAGCAAAAACCAAGCCAUGAGGUCGAAGGAAUUGUCCGUAGAGCUCCGAAACAGGAUUGUGUCGAGGCAAAGAUCUGGGGAAGGGUACCAAAACAUUUCUGCAGCAUUGAAGGUCUCCAAAAACACAGUGGCCUCCAUCAUUCUUAAAUGGAAGAAGUUUGGAACCACCAAGACUCUUCCUAGAGCAUCUCUGGAGAGACCUAAAAAUACCUUUGCAGCGACGCUCCCCAUCCAACCUGACAGAGCUUGAGAGGAUCUGCAGAGAAGAAUGGGAGAAACUCCCCAAAUACAGGUGUGCCAAGCUUGUAGCGUCAUACCCAAGAAGACUUGAGGCUGUAAUCGCUGCCAAAGGUGCAUCAACAAAGUACUGAGUAAAGGGUCUGAAUACUUAUGUAAAUGUGAUAUUUUCAUUUUUUAUUUUUAAUAAACUUGCAAACAUUUAUAAAAACCUGUUUUUGCUUUGUCAUUAUGGGGUAUUGUGUGUAGAUUGAACAAUUUAAUCAAUUUUAGAAUAAGGCUGUAAUGUAACAACGUGGAAAAAGUAAAGGGGUCUGAAUACUUUCCGAAUGCACUGUAGGCCUACUGCAGCUCUGAUUGGUUAUGCCGCACCGGUCUGUGUAGAGUCGUGUGCAAUAGAAUCCUACUCCGAUGCGUUCUGCCUACAACAGAAUCUCUUGCAUAGUUCGUUUUGUUUCGGUAUGUUGCAUUGAAAGUGGCUAAUAUUGCGUUGAUUCGAGCACAAUUGCCACAGUAAAGGGAAACGUUGGUAGUGUUAACUAACAGGGAAAAUUCUAGAAAGUUGAGUGAAGUUCAAUCUCGUACUUCUCUCCAUGGGCUGAUAUUUCUUCUGAGCUCUGCACGGAAGUCCAGGGAGCUGCACGGCAGUCUUAGAGGGAACAAUGGUCUUAACCCUGUGCAGUUAAGGAAACCAGUUCUCCUUCUCACUAUGUGGCUGAUGUUCUCCUGAGUAGAGUGUUCAUUCAUAUGUUCUGCCGUUGUUUCCUGGUUAGGGGUUUAAAAAUUCCAGGAACUUUCAAUAGAUUCUCUGGUUUUCCCGAAAUUCCAGUUGGAGGGUCCCUGGAAUUGGGAGGGAAUAAGCAUGGAAUCCGGAAUACAACCAGGAUUUCUGGAAAACCAAGGAAUUUAUUGAAAGUUCCAGGAAUUUUGCAACCCUAGUCCUGAUUAACAACAGUGUGGAUGGCUGAUCCAAUCACUGAAGGCUUGCUUGUUCCUGAUCUGUCACUGUUUCAAUCAUUGGAUCACAUAGGAAAUGAAAUCCCUUUAUCAAGGUUGCUUUUUUAGCCUGUUGAAAAAGAUGUACAUUCAUAGAUUUGCAUAAUACAAAUUUUCUUGGUGUUUAGAAUUAAUUAUACACAAUCUUAACAAGAAUGAGACAUUUAUUUACAUCCUAAAACAUAUGUGUGUGUGUUUGUACUGUAUGUGUGUGAAACGUGAGAGAUGAGCCAGAGUUGACCAGGUAGAGAUGGGAGAGAGGGGCCUCCUCAUCUCUGCCUGCUGGGGCUGUACAGUAGAAGAAGACUACAGUAGAGUCACAAUGUUUACAACCAGAUCCUGGUCUACCAAACAGAGUCACGUGUUUAAAAGCAGGCCCUGGCCGACACAGGUGGUGCAGUGCCUCAAUGUUGGGCAGGGCUGUGUUUUUGAGCAGGUGUGCUGUGUUUCAACAGGGCUACCAGUGGUUGAAGGACAAGAUCUUGAGCGAGGAGGGCCGGCGUCAGCAGGCGAAGUUGAAAGAGCUGCAGGCAAUCGCGGAGCGGCUGGGCUGCACUCUGCCCCAGCUCGCCAUCGGUACGCCGACACCCACUGCCGCUCUCUCUCUUUCUGUCCGUCUGUCCGUUCCUCGUCCCUCUGCCUCUCGCUUGCCUCACGACCGGAGGGUCACUGCCAGUCAGGCAGUUAACCAGAUGGUUAUCAGCUGUUUUAUUGUGUGUGUGAUAGAGAAUGUUUGUCUAAAUUAUGUUGUAUGUCUGUUUGUGGUAAACUAGUUCUUAGACUAGACACUAGAGUAACCAGGAUGCUUUUCCUAAAUCCAAGCCAGCUUUAUCAAGCCAGUGGUAAUAACUUCAGCUAUUGAUUCUGUUUGUUAGUUUACUGUCGUGUGCACUGGUGUGUCUAUAUACGACAAGGAAGUUUCUCUUUUCCCCACGUCAGCAGUUACAUGGAAUCCCAGACAUAAAUCCAGUGAGUGGCCCAUAUUGAUUCCCAGCCGAACGGGGAGAGGGGGUAUGAGCCUGUUGACAGAGUCCCAUUAAAGCGUUGCAGACGAUAGAGAGACUGUAAAUCUAGGCCUACACAACACCUCACUCUGCAUAUCAAGGCGCAUUUUACACCCAACCAGUAAUGCAGUGUCAUAGGUUAGGUUUCACGGCCCAUUAGCAGACAGCUAGUACACUGUAGCUCCCAAUCACUAUAAAUCCCUGUGGCACUGCCACAAACAGCCUGUACAGAGUUAUGUCCUGGGACCACCAUUUUAUGUCACCCGGGAGCAGUGGUGUAAAGUAAUUAAGUGAAAAUACAUUUAAGUACAACAUAAGUUGUUUUUUAGGGGUAUCUGUAUUUUACUAUUCAUAUUUUUGACAGCUUUUACUUUUACUUCACCACAUUCCUAAAGAAAAUCAAGUACAUUUCACUCCAAUGCGUUUUCCCUGAAACCCAAAAGUACAUUUCAAGUGCUUAGCAGGACAGGACAAUGGUCCAAUAUUAUCAAGAGAACGCACGGUCAUUUCUACUGCCUCUGAUCUGGUGGACUCACUAAACACAAAUGCUUCAUUUGUAAAUGAUCCCAGCUAUCUGUACAUAUAAAAAAUUAAUUAAAAAAUGGUGCUGUCUGGUUUACUAAAUAUAAAGAAUUUAUAAUGAUUUAUAGCAUUUACUUUUGCUUUUGAUACUUAAGUAUAUUUAAAACCUUUUACUUUUACUCAAGUAGCCUAGUAUUUUACUGGGUGAUUUUCACUUUAAGUUGAGUCAUUUAUUAUUAAGGUAUCUUUGCUUUUACUCAAGUAUGACAAUUGGAUACUUUUUUCCACCACUGCCCGGGAGUCUCUACAUUGGAAAAAAGUAAAGAUUAAAUACACAUUAGGCCUCUUAGCUUGACCCGUUAGAUACCCAAAGCCUGCUAUUUUACACAGUUGAUAGCCUAGUUACAGCUGUUAUACGUUAUAGUAGCAGUGUGACUUCAUAGUGGAUGUUGGCCAAUGAGUGAAUACCUCUGUCAUCUGUUAGACAGUUCCAUGUAGACUACUACAGCCAUCCCAUGUGGUCAUCUGUUAGACAGUUCCAUGUAGACUACUACAGCCAUCCCAUGUGGUCAUCUGUUAGACAGUUCCAUGUAGACUACUACAGCCAUCCCAUGUGGUCAUCUGUUAGACAGUUCCAUGUAGACUACUACAGCCAUCCCAUGUGGUCAUCUGUUAGACAGUUCCAUGUAGACUACUACAGCCAUCCCAUCCUGACCUGAGGAAACCUUGGUUGCCAUAUUAAAUCCUGGGAAAGCCUGAGUGUUGUUGGGUCAGACCUGUUUCUGGAAGUGGACUCUGUCUCAUCAUCACCACUGUGGCUUGAGGUUCUAAUCCCACUCUGACAGUGUUUGAACCUUACCACAGAGGUUUGAACACACUGGCACAAAGUCUCAAUGCAGUAGUACACUAAUCCUCUUAUACAGUAUCAAAUAUCCCACAACUAGAUUAGCAAACACAGUGGGGUUGUGUUUUGGGUGUGUAGGGUUAGGAUAGGGUAUGUUUGUGUGAGUGUACUGUAUGUGGGGUGCAUGUGUCUAGUAGUUCCAUUAUUUGAAGAGACAUUAGGUGGUUGUGAUGUGUAUGAGGCAGUGUUAUACAGUACAUGUUUUUGGUAUGUUUGAGGCAGUGUUGUAUGUUUUGUAGGGUGGGGAGGGUCAGGGUUAUGUGGGAGAGGAAGAGUUGUGUGUUGUAUAUGGGGGUAGCAGGGUUGUGUGUUUGCCAUGGUGGGGGUGUCAUUGAUGUUUACCCGUCCCCUACAGCGUGGUGCCUACGGAAUGAGGGGGUGAGCUCCGUCCUCUUGGGAGCGUCCAACACCGACCAGCUGAUGGAGAAUAUAGCAGCAAUACAGGUGAGACCACACAGUGAGGGUCCAGGUGGGUGGGGUGGUUGUCGGUGUGUGUCUGCGCAUGAGAAAGUGUGUAGAUUUGCAUAAUUUGUCAAUGAGUAUUGAUAUUGAAUCAACAUUUUGAAUUGGUUCAAAAUGCCAUCUCUCCCUGUCCAUAACCAUCUAUAAUAGAAUUGUUGUUGUUUUUGUCUCUCCUGGAAAGAGCGCUGCCUCUCGGCCAGUCAGUUUGUUGUAAUAUGCUUGGAUGCUUUACUGUACAAGUUAAUAAGGUCAGCAGAGUAUCAGUCAACAGGGACAUUUGAGGCUAGCUUGCGGCGCUGCUACUCUGCUAGAUAAGAUGCUCUCAUUUAAUGGGAUUUUCAAACCAUCAGGGUUUUAUGUUCUUUCAUCACAUUAUGUCUGGCUUGAGAUAAAUUGUUUUCCCAUUUCCCAGUAUCUGCACUGUGUGUGUGUGUGUGUGUGUGUGUGUGUGUGUGUGUGUGUGUGUGUGUGCGUUUGGUUUUACUAUCCUUGUGGGGACCAGAGGUCCUCACAAGGAUAGUAAAACAAGGACAUUUCAAGUAGGGACAUUUUGCCAGUUCCCUCAAGGAAAAGGGCUAUUUUAGGCUUAGGGGUUAAGUUUAUGGUUAGGGUUACAAUUAGGGUUUGGGUUAGGUUUUAGGUUAGGGGUUUGGAGUUAAGGUUAGGGUUAAGUUAAAGGUUUAGGGUUAGCGGUUAGGGAAAAUAGGAUUUUGAAUGGGAAUCAAUUGUUUGGUCCCCACAUGGAUAGGAAAACAAAUGUGGGCGUGGGCACUCAGUGCAUUUGAUAUUUUGUUUCCACAUGUUAUGCCCACAUUACCAGGGCAGCAUACUAUAGUCCUGGUCAAAAGUUUUGAGAAUGAAACAAAUAUUAAUUUUCACAAAGUCUGCUGCCUCAGUUUUUAUGAUGGCAAUUUGCAUAUACUCCAGAAUGUCAUGAAGAGUAAUCAGGUGAAUUGCAAUUAAUUGCAAAGUCCCUCUUUGCUAUGAAAAUGAACUUAAUCCCCAAAAAACAUUUCCACUGCAUUUCAGCCCUGCCACAAAAGGACCAGCUGACAUCAUGUCAGUGAUUCUCUCGUUAACACAGGUGAGAGUGUUGACAACAUUUUGGGUCCAUGGCCAGACCUUAAUCCCAUUGAGAACGUGGUCAAUCCUCAAGAGGCGGGUGGACAAACAAAAACCCACAAAUUAUGACAAACUCCAAGAAUUGAUUAUGCAAGAAUGGGCUGCCAUCAGUCAGGAUGUGGCCCAUAAGUUAAUUGACAGCAUGGCAGGGCGGAUUACAGAGGUCUUGAAAAAGAAGGGUCAAUACUGCAAAUAUUGACUCUUUGCAUAAACUUAAUGUAAUUGUCAAUAAAAGCCUUUGACACUUAUGGAAUGCUUGUAAUUAUACUUCAGUAUACCAUAGUAACAUCUGACAAAAAUAUCUCAUAACACUGAAGCAGCGAACUUUGUGAAGACCAAUACUUGUGUCAUUCUCAAAACUUUUGACCACGACUGUAUACUGUAUACAUAUAGUACAAAGUACGUGCAAUCUAUACAAGUGAAGCAAUACAUCUUGCCUUCUGUUUCCUUCAAUGCAUCUGUAAUUUCUCCUGCAGGUUCUUCCCAAACUAUCCUCCUCCAUCACACACGAGGUAGAUAGCAUCCUGGGGAACAAGCCGUACAGUAAAAAGGACUACCGCUCAUAA